AGCCAGUGAAACCGCAUCUGUUGCGCCGAGAAGCAGAUUAUCGCAGGUUUCAUGUUGCGCAUGCGCUUAUCGCCGGUGGGCGGAGUUUCCUUCCGUCCGGAGUUUGGGGAAAGUUUUCACCCGUCGAGAGAGGCUCCCGGCUCACCGCCGUGAAGCCGCACCCCGCUCUGAGGAAUGUCUGCAUGUUGGAAUCCGCACUGUGGACAGACAGCAGCUUGCGCACAGAAAACUGCGCUGUGAGUCUCACAGAACAGCAACCCGGCCCUUCCCCAGCUUCUGGUAACUAAUCUUCGUCUGACUGUCUGAGAUGAAUUUGGAAGAAAACGACUUGAAAACAUAUCCACACGGAGACUGUACAUUCUUGGUAAACUAAGAGCAGCAUAAACUGGGCACAGCUGUCCUCAAAAUGGCUGAAGGUGCGAGCAGUGAAGGAGUUCCAGUGAUGUCAACAUCAGGAAAGGACGCAGGGCCGAGCUCAGUGAUCAGCGAGCUCCUGGCAAGCUGGGACGAUUUCCAGCUGCUGACGGACUUCUACCGGGACAGGCUGGAGCAGGCGAUGGAAGGAGGGGUUCACGGAGUGAGCCUGGCGUUAACGGCCGAGAAUCAGUUCAGCGGAGAGGAACAUCGGAAAAUCUCUGAUCUCGCUGAUAAGGGAGAGCGGGCGGACAGUUCUAAAUUCCUCCUGAGCCUGGUGAUGGAGAAAGGCUUCUGCGCCCAGAGGGUGAUGUGGGAAACCUUUGUGAAAAUGCGGAAAGAUGUUCCAAUGUUGGACAAAAUACUGAAGGAAAUACAGAUAUAUGGUCGUGAUCCCUCCCAACAACCAAUUCCUGCUCGACAUUUACUAAAGGUUCUCAGUGAGCUGAAAGAAGUUCAACAGAAACACAAGGAGACUCUGCGGGCACAAACUGAAACACUGAGAGUGAACACGAUCCUGAUGAGGGAGAAGGUGAAGGUUUUCCAACUGGUUGAUCGAUACGCUGAGCUCAUGGUCAUUUCUACUGUUCGAGAUCAGAGACUGGUGGAACAUGAGCUGCUGUCAAGAGGCAGAGACCACGAGGAGUGGAGAGAGAAGCAUCUCCACGGAGAGCUGGAAAAAAUCCAGUCUGAUCAGUUGUUCCAGGGCAACUUUUCAGGGUGUAAAUCCAAAUCUGGCAGCUCGGCAGCAGUGGCUGGAGUCUCAGGGAUCGGGAAAACAACAAUGAUACACAAGAUCGUUCAGGACUGGGCCAUGGGAAAAAUAUACCAACAGUUCCAGUUUGUGUUCAGCUUCCAAUUCCGCAAAUUAAGCACCAUUAACUGUCAAAUAAGCCUGACAGAACUGAUUCUGGAUCAGUAUCCUAAUUUUGGGAAUAUUCUGGGAGAGGUCUGGAAGAAGCCAGAGGGAUUGCUGUUUAUAUUCGAUGGUUUGGAUGAAUUCAAUGAGAAAAUUGAUUUUGAUGACAGUCAGAGAGACACAGAACCUCAGUACACAUGCACAGAUCCUGGCUCCAAGUGCAAGGUGUCCGACAUUGUGUACAGUUUAAUCCAGCACAAGCUGCUCCCAGGGUGUUCAGUGUUGGUGACCACACGUCCCGCUGGGCUACAUAUAUUGGAAAAGGCUAAGAUCAGUGUCUGGGCUGAAAUCCUGGGAUUUUCUAGUGAGGAACGGAAGGAAUAUUUCAUCAGACAUUUUGAAGAUCAGACGGUGGCGGAAGCUGUUUUCAAACAUGUGAAGGAGAACGAGAUCCUGUACACCAUGAGCUACAACCCCUCCUACUGCUGUAUUCUCGCUCUGGCACUGGGCCCCUUCUUCACAAGAAGAGACAGGGACCCUCAGCGAAUUCCCAAGACCAUCACCCAACUCUAUUCCUAUUAUAUUUAUAACAUCUUGAAAAGCCACGGCCGUGAAGUUGAGAACCCUCGUGAUGUGUUAUUCAGAAUUGGUCAGAUGGCCUUCAGAGGAGUGUCCGAGAAGAAGAUUGUUUUUACAGAUGGGGAUUUGAUCAACUACAAUCUGCAGCCUUCCCAGUUCCUGUCCGGGUUCCUGAUGGAGCUUUUGGAGAGGGAGGAUUCUGGCCGGUGUGUGGUGUACACAUUCCCACACCUCACUAUCCAAGAGUUUGUAGCUGCAGUCGCACAAUUCCUGAAUCCACAUCCCGGGGAUAUCCAGAAAUUCCUCACUGAAGCCCACAACAAAACAGAUGGACGAUUUGAGCUACUUCUCCGUUUUGUUGCUGGUCUUUCCAACCCAAUGACAGCUCGGGGCCUGGAGGAGUUCCUCCGUCCAUUUCCUCGUCAAACAACCUGCCGGGUGAUUAACUGGGUGAAGGAGGAGGUUAAACGUAAGAGUGGAAACAUGAGGAGUGAAGCUGGUAAAAGGAGCCUCCUGAUCACAUUGCACUACCUGUUUGAGUCUCAGAAUCAUGAACUGGCUCAGGCCACACUGCAGUCAGUGAAAAAACUUUCAUUCAGUGGAAUGACACUGACCCCGAUUGACUGCGCGGUCCUGUCUCAUGUCAUCAGACACUGUGAAACAAUAAAACACCUCGACCUGGACAACUGCCACAUUCAGUGUGAAGGAAUCCAGAGGCUGGAACCCGGGCUACAUAAGUGCCAAGAGUUGAGCCUUGGGUUGAAUGACCUGGGAGAUUCAGGAGUGAAACUGGUGUCUGCGGGUCUGAGGAACCCGGAGUGUAAAAUACAGAAACUGUGGCUCUUCGGUGUCGGUCUCACUGCUAAUGGUGCCAAGGACCUCAUCUCCACUCUAGGUACGAACCAAUCACUGACAGAGCUGAGUUUGAAUGACAAUAAACUGGGAGAUUCGGGAGUAAAACUGGUGUCGGCCGCUCUGAGGGUCUCGGAGUGUAAAUUACAGAAACUGUGGCUGAGGGAUGUCGGUCUCACAGAUUCUGGUGCCGAGGAUCUCGCCUCCACUCUCAGUACAAACCCAGCACUGACAGAGCUGGACUUGGGUGGUAAUAAAUUAAGAGAUUCAGGAGUAAAACUGUUGUCUGCGGCUUUACGGAACGCAAAGUGUAAAAUACAGAAACUGUGGCUCAGGGAUGUCGGUCUCACUGCUAAUGGUGCCAAGGACCUCAGCUCCAUUCUAAAUGUAAACCAAUCACUGACAGAGCUGAGUUUGAAUGACAAUAAACUGGGAGAUUCAGGAAUAAAACUGGUGUCGGCUGCGCUUCGGGUCUCAGAGUGUAAAAUACAGAAACUGUGGCUGUGGAAUGUCGGCCUCACAGAUUCAGCUGCCGGAGAUCUUGCUUCCGCACUUGGUAGAAAACCUUCGCUAAUGGUACUCAGUCUGAAUAAUAAUAAGCUGGGAGAUGCAGGAGUGAAACUGGUGUCUGCGGCUCUGAUGAAAUCAGGAUGUAAAUUACAGGAACUGGGGCUGAGGGAUGUCGGUCUCACAGAUCGUGGUGCCGAGGAUCUCGCCUUUGCUCUUGGUAAAAACCGAUCACUGAUGGAGCUGAACCUAGGUGCUAAUACACUGGGAGAUCCAGGAGUGAAUCUGGUAUCUGGGGCUAUAAGGAAUUCGGAGUGUAAAAUACAGAAACUGUGGUUGAGGGAUGUUGGUCUCACAGAUUCUGGUGCGAAGGAUCUCGGCUCUGCUCUCAGUACAAAACCAUCACUGACAGAGCUGAGUUUGAAUGAUAAUAAACUGGGAGAUUCAGGAGUGAAACUAGUGUCUGUGGCUCUAAAGAACUCAAAGUGUAAAAUACAGAAACUGUGGCUCAGGGAUGUCGGUCUCACAGAUUCUGGUGCCGAGGAUCUCGCCAGCACUCUCCGUAGAAACCCAUCACUGACGGAGCUGAACCUGGGAGGUAAUAAACUGGGAGAUUCAGGAGUAAAACUGGUGUCUGCGGCUCUGAGGAACCCGGAGUGUAAAAUACAGAAACUGUGGAUGUGGAAUGUCGGCCUCACAGAUUCAGCUGCCGGAGAUCUUGCCUCCGUCUUCGGUAGAAACGCUUCACUAAUGGUGCUCAGUCUGAAUAAUAAUAAGCUGGGAGAUGCAGGAGUGAAACUGGUGUCUGCGGCUCUGAUGAAAUCAGGAUGUAAAUUACAGGAAUUGGGGUUGAGGGAUGUUGGUCUCACAGAUUCUGGUGCGAAGGAUCUUGUCUCCGCUCUCAGUACAAACAAAUCACUGACGGAGCUGAACCUGAAUGAUAAUAAACUGGGAGAUUUAGGAGUGAAGCUGGUGUCUGCGGCUCUAAGGAACCCGAAGCGUAAAAUACAGAAACUGUGGCUCAGGGAUGUCGGUCUCACAGAUUCUGGUGCCGAGGAUCUCGCCUCCGCUCUCAAUACAAACCCAUCACUGACGGAGCUGAACCUGGGAGGUAAUAAACUGGGAGAUUCAGGAGUAAAACUGGUGUCUGCGGCUCUGAGGAACCCAGAGUGUAAAAUACAGAAACUGUGGCUAUGGAAUGUCGGCCUCACAGAUUCUGCUGCCGGAGAUCUUGCCUCUGCUCUCAGUAGAAACCCUUCACUAAUGGUGCUCAGUCUGAAUGAUAAUAAGUUGGGAGAUGCAGGAGUAAAACUGGUGUCUGCGGCUCUGUUGAAAUCAGGGUGUAAAUUACAGGAAUUGGGGCUGUGGAACGUCGGUCUCACAGAUUCUGGUGCCAAGGAUCUUGCCUCCGCUCUCAGCAUGAACCCAUCACUGACAGAGCUGAACCUGAAUGAUAAUAAACUGGGAGAUUCAGGAGUGAAACUGGUGUCUGCGGCUCUAAAGAACUCAAAGUGUAAAAUACAGAAACUGUGGCUGAGGAAUGUUGGUCUCACAAGUUCUGGUGCCAAGGAUCUUGCCACCACUCUCCGUAGAAACCCAUCACUGAUGGAACUGAACCUGGGUGGUAAUAAACUGGGAGAUUCAGGAGUGAAACUGGUGUCUGCGGCUCUGAGGAACUCGGGGUGUAAAAUACAGAAGCUGUGGCUGUAUGAUGUCGGUCUCACAGAUUCUGGGGCCGAGGAGCUCGUCUCCGCUCUCAGUGCAAACCCAUCACUGACGGAGCUGGACCUGAGUAAUAAUAAACUGGGAGAUUCAGGAGUAGAACUGGUGUCUGCGGCUCUUAGGAACCAGGAGUGUAAAAUACAGAAACUAGCACCCGGAAUUGGAACGCUGAUCUCCAUCAUGGAUGAUGUUGCAAAGAUGAGAGAGGAUCUUGAGAUAUCAACAAGGACGGAGAAGGGUCCUAUGACUACAAUCUCUAAGCACACCUCACAGUGGAAUGAGGAACAACUGUUUCAGCUGUCAAAAUUCUACCGGGAAAGACUGAAACAGGCAAUUGAAGAACGUGUGGAAGAACUCACUGAAAUGCUGAGACUGGAAGGACACAUCAGUGAUCAAGAGCAGGAGAAAGUUUCUGAACUUGUGGGGAAGCGAACCCGGCCGGAGGCUUCGAAGGUAUUCUUCAGCCUGGUGAUGGGGAAAGGCUCCCGAGCCCGGAGGGUGAUGUGGGAAGCAUUUGUGAAAAUGCGAAAUGAAUUACCGAAGUUGGACAGAAUAUUGAAGGAAAUCCAGGAGCUCGGGGCUGACAUACCGGAAUACAUGAACAUCAGUCAAGGGUUAACCGAACUCCCACCUCAGUUAAAAGAUGUUCAUGAGAAACAUAAGAAAACACUGCAGGAAGAAACUGAAGAGCUCAGAGUGAACACGAUUUUGUUGAGGGAGAAGGUGAAGGUUUCCAAGCUUGUUGAUCGAUACGCUGAGCUGACGGUCAUUUCUUCUGUUCGAGAACGGAGGUUUGUGGAACACGAGCUGCUGGCAAGAGGCCGAGACCAUGAGGAGUGGAGAGAGAAACACCUUCGGGGAGAGUUGGAAAAAAUCCGUUCCGAUCAGUUGCUUCAAAGCAGCUUUUCCCAUAGUGUGACUUACUGGCAGCAAAUAAAGAGAUUCUUCGGAUUUGACUCCAUGACUCCGACAUCAGUGAACAGAGUAAAACCUGGGAAUUCAGCAGCAGUGGCCGGUGUCCCGGGGAUCGGAAAAACAACAAUGAUUCAGAAGAUUGUUUAUGACUGGGCCAACGGGAAUAUAUACCAACACUUCCAUUUUGUGUUCAGUUUCAAAUUCAGGGAUUUAAACACCAUUCUCUGUAAAAUAAGCCUGAGGGAACUGAUUCUGAAACAGUAUCCUUACUUUGAGAAUGGUCUGGGAGAAGUAUGGAAGAACCCAGAGGGAUUGCUGUUUAUAUUUGAUGGUUUGGAUGAACUAAAGGAUGCAAUUGAUUUUACUGAGAGUCAAAGAGACGCAGACUCUCAACGACGCGGUGCAGACCCAGAAUUCCGGUGCCAUGUGUCGGACAUCGUGUACAAUUUAAUCCAGCACAAGCUACUCCCAGGGUGUUCAGUGCUGGUGACCACCCGCCCCACUGCAUUACAUUUAUUAGAAAAGGCAGAGAUUAGUGUCUGGGCGGAAAUCCUGGGAUUUGUUGGUGAGGAACGGAAAGAAUAUUUCAUCAGACAUUUUGAUGAUCAGGCGGUGGCAGAAGCCGUUUUCAAACACGUGAAGGAGAACGAGAUCCUGUACACAAUGAGCUACAACCCCUCCUACUGCUGGAUCCUCGCUCUGGCACUAGGCCCCUUCUUCACGCAAAGAGACAGGGACCCUCAGCAAGUUCCCAAGACAAUCACCCAACUGUACUCCUACUAUAUUUACAAUAUCCUGAAAAACCAUGGUCGUGAGAUUGAGAACGUUCAUGAUGUGUUACUCAGGGUUGGUCAGAUGGCCUUCGUGGGAGUGUCUGAGAGGAAGAUUGUUUUUACAGAUGAAGAUUUGAAUAAGUACAAUCUGCAGCCUUCUCAGUUCCUGUCCGGGUUCCUGAUGGAGCUUUUGGAGAGAGAGGAUUCUGCCCACAGCGUGGUGUACACAUUCCCACACCUCACCGUCCAAGAGUUUCUAGCUGCAGUCGCACAAUUCCUGGAACUACAUCCCGGGGAUAUCCUGACAUUCCCCACUGAAGCCCACAAAAUGACAGAUGGGCGGUUUGAUGUAUUUCUCCGUUUUGUUGCUGGUCUCUCCUCCGGGUCAGCCUGGCGCUGGAAGGAGUUUCUGGGUCCUUUUCCUGCCGAUACAGCCCGUCGGGUAAUUGACUUUGUGAAGAGGGAGAUCAAACGUCUGAGUGGCAACACAAAGAGUGAAGAUGGUAAAAGGAGCCUCCUGAACACAUUGCACUAUCUGUUUGAGUCUCAGAAUCGUGUACUGGCUCAGGACUCACUGGGAUCUGUGGAAAAACUUUCACUCAGUGGACUGCGACUGACACCGAUUGACUGCGCCGUCCUGUCUCAUGUCAUUGGGUUCUGUGAUACAGUAAAGCACCUCGACCUAGAUCACUGCUAUAUUCAGUGUGAAGGACUCCAAAGACUGGCACCCUAUCUUCACAGAUGCCAAGAGCUGGGAUUGGGCAAUAACGGUAUCACAGACUCUCAGACAGCAAUCCUCACCUCUGCUCUCGUUAAAAACAGCUCACUGAUGGACCUCGAUAUGAAAGACAAUAGACUGGGAAAUACAGGUGUAAAACAGCUGUUAAGAGUUCUGAAUAACUCGGAAUGUAAAAUACAGAAACUGGGGCUGAAGAACAAUAGUUUCACAGCCUCCUGUGCCAAGAAUCUUGCCUGCAUUCUCAGAGCAAAUCAAUCUUUGAUCAAACUGGAACAGGAUAACAAUAAGCUGGAGGAUUCAGGAGUCAAACUGCUGUCUGAGGCUCUGCGGAACCAUAACUUUUUGAACUGCAGGCUAUGUAGAAACGGUCUCACAGCAACUGGUGCAGACUAUCUCGCCUCCGUUCUAGUUACUAGCCCAUCACUGACAGAUCUUGCCCUGGACUAUAAUAAUUUGGGUGAUUCAGGGGUGAAGCUGAUAUUUGGACCUCUGAUCAGCCCAGAGUGUAAAAUACAGAAACUACGAUUAUGGGAUGUUUCUCUCACAGAUUCGUUCUGUGAGGACCUCGCUAUCGCUCUCAAAACAAACUGCUCCCUGAAGCUUCUGUCACUGGGUGAUAACAAUAUCGGAGAUUCAGGGGUGACACGUCUGUCUAAGGAGCUGGUGAAGCUCCAAUGUCAACUGCAGGAACUAGAUCUGUACAAUAACGGUUUGAGUGAUUCCUGCACGGAGUCCCUGUGCUUCGUUCUCAACAAAAUGAGUUCACUGAAAAUUUUGGACCUUGGAGGAAACUCCUUCACAGACAAAUCCACCGACUCCUUCCGCAAGCUGAUACUACGACGCAAGAGUUUGAGGCACAUCACGCUGAGGGGCAAUCGAUUCACUGCAGAUGGGCAGAAUCAUCUGUUGUCAUUACGGGGAAGCAGACGUGGUCUUAAUGUUACUGUGUGAGUCAUUCAAAUGUAGAAUUUUAUCUCCUGACAGAAUAGCAUUCGUCGAUUUCACUAUGGCACUAGAUUUAAAACCUAAACAUCUACAGUUCUAGAUGAGUGUGUGCCUCCACACACCAUCAGUGGCCCCAGUGCAGUUUUGGGUGUCAUAGCUGCAGGGUCGCUUGCCCGAUCUCUCAGUGUCUGACAUCUGAGCUCUAUGGAAAUGCCCAGACAAAAGUGACCAAACACGAAGAAAUCUGCAAAUGCUGGAAAUUCAAGCAACACACACCAAACAAUGCUGGAAGAAUGCAGCAGGCCGGGCAGCAUCUAUAGGAAGACGUACAGUCAAGAUAAUAAGAGAUUACAAUUUUUUUUCAGUUAGUCCUGAUGAAGGGUCUCAAUACAAAGCAUCGACUGUACUUCUUCCUAUAGAUGCUGCCCGGAGUGCUGCGUUCCACCAGCAUUUUUGGAAAUGGCCAAAGAUGGGCUCCAGCUAUACUGCAAAGCGAUAGGAGGAAUCCAAGUCGUUCAAUCUAGAUUUAAAUUCAUCUGGGUAUUACUUUGUUUUAUUGUGUUGUGGAUUUUCUGAGAAGAAAGCACGACAUCGCCCCCACUUCCUCAGGAUCCUGCAGAGGAUGGAUCAUGGAUCAUGCCAUUGAAAAUCUUGACAAGCCUCAAUAGAUGGAUGGUGAAAAGUGUGCUGACUGCCUGCAUUCCAGCCUGGUAUGGAAACUCCGCCUUUCAGUGGGAAAUCCUGCAAAAUGUACUGGAUUUGGCCCAGUAUAUCACAGGUGAAACCCUCUCAAGCAUUGAGCACAUCGACAUGAAUCAUUGCAGUGGAAAAGCAGCAUCCAUCAUCAAAGAUCCUCACCACCCAGGUCAUGGUCUUUUCUUGCUGCUGCCAUCACGCGUACGGUACCAGAGCCUCAGGACUCGCACCACCGGGUCUAAGAACAGUUACUACCCAUCAAUCAUCGGGAACUUGAGGAAAAGGGAAUUGCUACUCUCAUUUAAGGACUCUGUUGUAUUGUUACUUUAAGCUUGUUAUUUAUUGCUCUUUAUUUAUAACUGCAGUUGUACAGUUUGUUAACUGUUCCUAAUGAUUGCAGUUUAUCGUGUUACUUGCAAAGUAUGCCCACUGGAAAAAAAAAGUCAGGGUUGUAUGUGGUGAUAUGUUUGUAUUCUGAUAA